GAACAAAGAAUUAAAAGAUGAUGAUACUGAACAUUUAAAUGUGGAUAAGACUUUAAAUAAUGUGGUUGGGAUUGAAGAGAAUUUUGAGUGGUUCAAUAAUGAAAUUGAAGAAAAUGUGGAGUUGCUUUUUGAUAAUUUGUCAAAAGAUAUAGAAAAUUUACCCUUAUUAACAUCCAACCGCCCUCUGGUUUAUCUUGAUGAACAAAAAUUAGUGGUUGGAGAGGACUUUCCUCAUGAAGCCCAAGUCAUAAUAUGUCCUGGAAAGAAUGCUGAUGGAUGGUGGGAUCUUGGACAGCUUAUAGAUCAAGUAAGAUAA